AUGUCCACCAAGAAUGUGCUCACGCCAUAUAUAAAGCUGCUAUUUUUGGAGCCGCCAAACCUCACCCCAACAGAUUUGAGCACCGUUCUCAAGUCGAUGUUCCGCGGAAUCCCCAGCGAUAUCCAGCUGGCUGCGUUCCUCACUGCUCUCAGAAUGCGUGGGCUUGAUCACGAACCAGAAUUCAUAGCUGCUGCUGUGCAGACGAUUCUAGAGUUCUCCGACCAUAUCCCUCCGCAGCUCGUUGCCAAGGAGGGCUACGUUGACAUUGUUGGCACUGGAGGAGAUGGCCAGAACACAUUCAAUGUCCUGACCUCUGCGGCCAUAGUGGCAGCUGGAAUGGGGCUCAAUGUGUGUAAACACGGGGGCAAGGCGCUGACGUCGACCUCCGGGUCCGGCGAUCUUCUCAAGUGUUUGGGUGUGGAUCUUAGCGUUGUCAACAAAGACACCACGCCGGCCAUUGUUAAGAAAAGCAACUUUUGUUACUUGUUUGCACCUUCCUUCCAUCCAGGGAUGGGCAAAGUGGCGCACAUCCGCUCGCAAAUGGGCAUUCCCACGAUUUUCAACAUCUUGGGUCCUCUCAUGAACCCAAUCCCACUUCGAGCCCGUAUUCUUGGUGUGUACUCUGAGAAGCUCGGUGAGCUGUAUGCUGUGGCGGCUGCUCAGCUUGCACAAAAGAGCCCGGCUCACGAAAGGACCAUGGUCGUGUGGGGCGAAAUUGGCCUCGACGAAAUCAGCCCGACAGGUAACACCAAGUGCUGGCUCGUGGACGAGAAAGGUGAAAUCACCAGAACAGUCAUCUCACCCAAAAACUUCAAGCUUCCUGAGCACAGUCUAGCCUCUGUGCGCAGUGGAACGCCUGAGGAGAACGCAGAGACCUUGUUGCACAUCUUGCGCCAGGAUUCUCCCAGAUACAUGUUGAAAACUAUCAAUGAUCCCUUGGUAGACUACAUCUUGAUGAACUCUGCUGCCGUAGCAUAUGUUGCUGGGUUGGCCAAAGACUGGGAAGAGGGCAUGGCUCUUGCCGUGGAUAGCAUAAAGCUGGGUAAAGCAGCGAAGGCUUUGGAAGACUUCAAGAGUGCUCUUAGCGAGCACAUAGCUGUCAACGAAGCAACUGUGGUCUGA